AUGGCGACCCGCAUGGCGAGUCGUGUUUGGAAAAGAGGAUGUCAAAGGUUAAAAAGCACCCCCAGAUGUCGGAGUUUCUGCAGCAGCACCCCUGGUGCAGACAUCACCUCCGUGCCACUCUCCAAGCCCCUUCCCAACAGCUGCCCCCAAUACGCCUCAGUGUCUGGGUCAUCGGCUGAUACUCAGGUCACAGUGCUCAACAAUGGCCUCUCUGUGGCUUCACAGAACAAAUUUGGACAAUUCUGUACAGUAGGAGUUGUGUUGGACUCCGGGUCAAGAUAUGAAGUUGCAUACCCCAGUGGGAUCUCUCACUUCCUGGAGAAACUGGCUUUCUGUUCAACAACAGAAUAUGAAAAUCGGGAUCACAUCUUGCAAGAACUUGAAAAGCAUGGCGGAAUAUGUGACUGUCAGGGAUCAAGAGACACAAUGAUAUACGCAGCAUCAGCAGAAACAACCGGACUGCCAGCUGUAAUGAACAUUCUGUCGGAAGUGGUCCUUCGCCCCAACAUAACAGACAAUGAGCUUGAAGACUCCCGGGUGGCGAUAUCAUUUGAACUGGAGAAUCUCAACAUGCAGCCUGACCCCGAGCCCCUCCUGAUGGAGCUCAUCCAUGCUGUGAGUUACAACACCGUAGGUCUCCCCAGGUUCUGUCCUGCUGAGAAUAUUGCUGUCCACACACGGAGCAGUCUGUACACAUACCUCAAGAACUUCCACACACCCAGGAGGAUGGUGGUGGCGGGGGUGGGGAUGGACCACCAGCACCUGGUGCAGCUCACGCAGGAGUACUUCAUCAACAGGAAGUCACCCAUCUGGACAGAGCAUGCUGGGAUCAUCGACACCAACAAGGCAGACGACAAGUCGGUGGCACAGUACACCGGUGGCCAUUUACAAGUGGAGAAAGAUUUAUCAGACGUGAGUCUAGGUCCGACUCCGUUCCCCGAACUGGCGCACGUGGUGAUUGGGCUUGAGAGCUGUUCCCACCAGGACCCCGACUUCGUGGCCUUCUGUGUCCUCAACAUGAUGAUGGGAGGUGGCGGGUCCUUCUCCGCUGGCGGGCCAGGCAAGGGCAUGUACACACGCCUGUACCUCAACGUUCUCAACAGGUACCACUGGAUGUACAAUGCUACAGCCUUCAACCAUGCCUACCAGGAUACUGGGCUCUUCUGCGUCCACGCCAGCUCGCACCCAUCACAGCUCACUGAACUUGUCGAGGUCAUCGUCAGAGAGAUCGUCAACACAGCCGGCAGAAUUUUCCCGGAUGAGCUGGACCGAGCUAAGCGGCAGGUCCAGUCUAUGUUGCUGAUGAACCUGGAGUCCCGGCCCGUGGUGUUCGAGGACAUCGGCAGACAGGUGCUGGCUAAUGGGCAUCGCAAACCAGCCAAAUACUUUUACGAAGAAAUCAACAAGAUCACUGAGGAGGACAUCAGAAGAGUUGCCUCCAGGAUGUUACGAAGUAGACCUGCAGUAGCUGCCUACGGUUCUCUAGCCCAGAUGCCAUCGUACGGGAAUAUUGAGACAGCACUGGUUAGCAAAGAUGGCCGCAUGCCAAGGAAGUUCUCACUUUUCCGCUCUUCAUGAUUGAAGAGUUCUGUAGUUACUAAACUUGUGAUAUAUACACCAGAUUGUCAUGAGGUAUUGAAAUACACUCACAGCCAAAGAUGGUCCUGUUGGAAUUGAACACUGGAUGUCAACUGUGGUGUGUGUCACAUGUGUUCCACUCCUCUUCCACUCAUUUGUAUGAAAUCUCUGUUUUAGUGAUAUUGUCUUGGUUUAGACUUUGUGGAACUCAAAACCACAAAUUUUGUGACUGAUGUGUUAUUACAGAGUACCCAGUGUC